AUGAAUAGGUUCACCAAGGAGGCGCUCAAAGUCCCGGAUUUGGACCAAAAGGUAGCGAUGAUCGCCCUUCAACAAGGAACCACGGAUGAUAAUUUCCGCCGCUCACUAGCCAAGAGGGCCCCUAACAACAUGAAUGAGCUCCAAGAGAGAGCCGGGAAGUAUAUUAAGGCAGAGGAAAGCAUGAGAAAAUCCCAGAAUAACCAGGGAUCAACCAAGGACUCUAAGAAGCGUGGGAACGAUACUGAAUAUGAUGCUGAUAACAAGUAUUUGAAAAGGGAAGAUGGUGAAAAGUCACCCACCAAGAAGCAAUCAGGACCGAGGUUCACUGAGUAUGCAAGGCUGAAUUCCCCCAGGAGUCAGAUUCUGAUGGAAAUUGAGAAAGAGGGAGGAGUUCGAUGGCCGAAGCCAAUUAGGACUGACCCCGAGAAAAAGAAACAAGGACUUGUAUUGCAGUUGAAGAAUGAGAUUGAGUUUUUGAUCCGGAAAGGCAAGUUGUCCAGAUAUACUAGGGACACAAAUAGGAAUCCCCGUGACAAUGAUAGUCACGAUAGGGACAAUGAUGAUCAUGAUAGGAGAACCGAGCCUCGAGGGCCCGUGAUCAAUAUGAUCUCUGGAGGACCGACUGCAGCAGGCUUGUCUAGUAACUCACGAAAAGCUUAUGCUCGUGAAAUGAUGUGUAUCGUUGGAGAACCCCCGAAGAGGGCCAAGACCGAGAUUCCGUUAACCUUUGAUUAUUCUGAUCUAGAAGGGGUGAAGUUCCCCCAUGACGACCCGUUGGUCAUAACUCCCGUUAUUGGAAACUCAUCUAUUAAGAGAGUUCUUGUUGAUAAUGGAGCUUCUGUAGACAUCCUCUUCUAUGAUGCUUAUCAAAAGAUGGGGUAUGCUGAUUCACAGUUGACACCGUCCAACAUGCCGAUCUAUGGUUUCAACGGAAUAGAAUCCUCUUCUAUGUUGCAGCCUUGA